AAUAUUAAUACGUAGAAAAAUAAAACUUGUUUAAAUCUAUUUCCAGUUGUCAAAGUUUGCAAAGAACGUCAAACUUCCAUGCGAGUACUUGUGAACUUGAAACAAUUGGGAUGGAUUAUGCAAAAUAGGCAACAUUGCAUUUUGUAGGAGAAAUUUGAAAAACAAAUCAUGUGGCCAUGAAUGUUGUAGCUUUGACAAAAAUAGCAGCAAUCAAAUGAGCUAAAAUUAUAAUAAAACCGUUUUUAAAUGUUAGGUAUACUGUACUGGUACUGUAAACGUUUGUAGGGACUGUAGAUGAUACUGUCGGGUUACUGUAGCAGUAUUGUUGAGAUACUGUUGAGGUGAUGCAAGGGUCUGCAUAGGUACUAUAAGAGUACUGUAUUGAUACUGUAGGGCACUGUAAGGGCACUCAAGGGUACUGUAGAAAUCUGUAGAUACUGUUACGGUACUAUAGGGGUACUAUAGGAGUACUAGGAAUACUGUAAAAAUACUGUAGGAAUCUGUAGAUACUGUGGGGGUACUGUUGGGGCAUUUCAGGUGUUCUUUAGGGGUACUGUAAAAGUACUGUAGGAAUCUGCAGAUAAUGUAGGAACAUUGUAUGUGUACUCUAGAGGUACUGUAGGGACUUGAAGAAUCUGUAGAUUCUGUGGGGGUACUGUACUGCAGUGGUAUUGUUGGGACACUGAACGAGUACUUUAGGGGUACUGCACGGGUACUGUAAAAGUACUGAGAAGUCUGUAUAUACUGCGGGGGUACUGAAGGGGUACUGUAAAUAAAAUAUCACUGUGUGACUCUUGAAAACCUGAAAAGUUCUUUGCUACUACUUGUCAGCACACACAAUACAACAACUUUCAAAAAACACUCAAUCUUCUCUUGGUUUGAACUUGGUCAACCCGAUCCGAUUAUGCAAAACUUCCGAAUUUUACUAUAUAUACACAUAUAUCACAAGUUAAACAUUGACUUCACUGUAUCUAACUAUGAAUCAACGAAGAUUCGGGCUGCUAUGUGCCGUAAUGCUAGGUUUCGGGCAGCUCUGCAUGUUCACCGGAUUUGACGCAGAGUCGUUUAUUCUAGAGUCUGUGAUACACUCGAUUCAUGAAAGGGAGCCCGAGCGAAUCAGCAGCUAUGCUGGGUAUUAUGGCCAAGCAGUGAUCUAUGCUUUCUACAUGAUAUCCUGCCUUUUUUCCCCUUCCAUCGCUGCAGUGAGCACCCCAAAAAUCAAUUUAAUUCUCGCGGCAACUUUCUUCUCGGCAUUCCCUCUGGGCUUCCUGUUUACCAACUCUUAUUACUACUAUGCUUCAUCUGCACUUGUAGUGUUCUAUCAAGGUCAGGGAGGGUACUUAACGUCACAUUCUACAAGAAAUACCAUAGAAUCUAAUGUCUCAAUUUCGUGGUCUGUUGGAAGUUGUUGCAUGAUCCUAGGAUCCGCCAUCAUGGCGACAAUCACUCACUUGAGUUCAGCGACCACUGAACAUAUUAUGGGAUCCUUGAAUGUCACAAGUGAAGCUCACAAAAUGGAGAGACAGUUUGGCGAGCUGGAAAUUAACCUCCUGUUCUCUGCGUUCACUGGAAUUUCGGUUCUCGGGAUUAUCACAUUUUUUGUGAUGCCUUCCAAAGAUGUCGAGAACUGUAUCGAGAGUAGUUCUGAGAAAAAGGAAACUUUUUUGGAGGCUCUUAAACUCACCUGCUCGACACUGGUUUCCCCAACAAUGCUCCAGCUCUUCCCGCUCUUUGUGCUCAGCGGCUUCAACACCUCAUUCUGGCUCUCAGUUUUCCCGACUGCGAUGAGCUUUACCAUGCAGAACUCAAAGUUGAUCUACCUAGCAGCAGUCUAUAGUCUAGGAGUUGGUUCCGGGGAGGUUAUAAUUGGACUAGCGAUCUCAUUCCUCAGCAAGCGUAUCAAAGAUUUCGGGCAAAAGCCAACUAUGACGAUUGGCGCAAUCUUCAUCACGAUGUAUUGUGCCAUGAUCCAUAUGUCUACUCCGUACGAUGCUCCGAUUAGGCCAACUAGCAAGGAGCCACUUUUUUUUGGUCAUUCCUACCUUUUGGCCCUAAUCAUAGGCUUAUUUUGUGGAAUCGGAGAUUGCUGUGUAAAUAGUGUAAGAUCAGUGAUUUGUGCGUUGCUGAUGCCAAAAAGAAGACCACAAGCGUUUUCAGUGUCGAAGAUUUAUCAUGCUUUUGGAUCUACGAUUCUAUUCUUCAUGAGCCCCAUCACACCACUCUACGUCUACACAAUCGGCCUGCCAAUUCUCGCAAUCAUCGCCACAAUUUUGUUCUUUUCCAUUUCUAAAAGAACACAAAUUAUGGAACGGAAAAUGACGGAGGCUAGCAAAAAUGCUGCAGAAAUUGGAAAGAAACUUAAUUUUUAAUUUUUUUUAAAACAAUUUUGAAAAUGUCAUUUUGUGUCGGGUAAACCUUGAAAUUUUUUUUGAGAUGAUGAAAGCUUUAAAUGUUA